GCGUCUGGAUGUGAGAGAGCGAGAAAGACAGACUUGGAGAGUUUGGAAUCAACAUAAUGCACAGCACACUAUAAGGAAGGGAGGGGGACAGGCUGAUACAAUGGAGGCUGCGGUAUAGGCUACUGCAGUGCAGGUUUGUGGGUUGUUGUUUCUGUGGCUGAAGAUAGAUUUUACAUUCGAUUUCUGAGAGACACCUGGCAACCCGUAGCUGAGCUGGAGAGUGAUAAUGUCUGUACAGGCCAGACGACAACACAGCAUACAGCAGCCAAUGAAAGAGCCCGGAACAGGAAGCUGAGAUGGAGUUCCCAGAGUUCCCAGGGUGCCCUGCUGCUGCCGGCCUUGCCGUGGGCGACGAGGCGGAGAAGGAGGGCCAUGCCCAGGUUCUAUUUGAUGAGUUUGUCCAGGCGUCUACCUGCAGAACGACACUCCGUGCCUUCAACCUGCUGUGUGAGCACCUUCAGCUCACACACACACACACACAGCCACAAACAUACUCCCCGACGCAGCCGCAGAGGCCUUUCUACCACAGCCUCAAAGAACGCCUCAACUACUGGAAGGCAAACGCACUGUGGGCCAAACUGGACAAACGGGCUGCCCACCACGAAUACGGGAAGGGCCGUGUCUGUGCCAACACCACGUGUGUGAUCAUCGGGGCGGGGCCGUGUGGUCUGCGUACAGCAGUAGAGCUGGGGUUCCUGGGGGCCAGAGUGGUGCUGCUGGAGAAGAGAGAUGCCUUCUCAAGGAACAACGUCCUUCACCUCUGGCCUUUCACCAUCCACGACCUCAGGGGCCUCGGGGCCAAGAAGUUCUACGGCAAGUUCUGUGCUGGAGCCAUUGACCACAUCAGUAUACGGCAGUUACAGUUGGUGUUAUUAAAGGUGGCUCUGUUGCUGGGGGUGGAAGUCCAUGUCAACGUAGAGUUCAAGGGACUGGUGGAGCCACCAGUGGACCAGGAGCAACAGAAGGUAGGCUGGAGGGUGGAGGUGAAACCCAAGUCUCACCCUAUUAACCAACUGCAGUGUGACGUGGUGAUCGGAGCUGAUGGACGACGGAACACACUGCCAGGGUUCAGGCGUAAGGAGUUCCGUGGCAAGCUGGCCAUUGCCAUCACAGCUAACUUCAUGAACCGUAACACCACGGCUGAGGCCAAGGUGGAGGAGAUCAGCGGAGUGGCCUUCAUCUUCAACCAGAGGUUCUUUCAGGAGCUACGGGACACCACAGGAGUGGACCUGGAGAAUAUAGUGUACUACAAGGAUGACACACACUACUUUGUGAUGACGGCUAAGAAGCAGAGUCUGCUGGAGAAAGGAGUCAUUCUGCGGGACUAUGCAGACACAGAAACACUUCUCUCACGGGGAAACGUGGACCAGAAUGCGCUGCUGGCCUACGCCCGCGAGGCGGCGGACUUCUCCACCAAUCACCAGCUGCCGUCCCUGGACUUUGCCAUGAACCACUAUGGGCAGCCUGAUGUUGCCUUGUUUGACUUCACCUGUAUGUACGCGUCGGAGAACGCUGCACUGGUCAGACAGAGACAUGGACACCAUCUACUGGUCACGCUGGUGGGAGACAGCCUUCUGGAGCCGUUCUGGCCCAUGGGGACAGGUAUAGCACGGGGGUUCCUGGCAGCAUUGGAUUCUGCCUGGAUGGUACGGAGCUGGGCUCAAGGCCUCGCCCCCCUGGACAUACUUGCUGAAAGAGAGAGUCUGUAUCGUCUCCUUCCUCAGGCCUCUCCAGAAAAUGUCAACAAGAACUUUGGUCAAUACACUGUAGACCCAGCUACCCGCUACCCUAACAUCAACCACCAACUCAUCACCCCUGCACAGGUGGGGCAUCUAAUAUACACAGAAGAGAGUGGAGAUUCGGGUGCGGACCAGGAACCACGACCCCGAUCCCCCUUGCCGAAGCUACUACGACAGGAGUCCUUCUCUCGCUCCAGUAAGCUUUUGUCAUGGUGCCAGCAGCAGACACAGGGUUACCGUGGCGUUGCGGUUAGCGACCUCACUACUUCCUGGAAGAAUGGACUAGCUUUGUGUGCCCUCAUCCACCACUACCGACCUGACCUCAUCGACUUUGACUCUCUAAAGGAGGAUGAGGGGGAGGAGAAUAUGAGGUUGGGGUUGGAGGUGGCAGAGAAGGAGUUUGGCAUCUCUCCUGUGAUGACUGUCGAGGAGAUGUCGUCUGUCAGUGAAACGGACACUCUCUGUAUGGUCAUGUACCUCAGCCAGUUUCACCAGCUCUUCAAGGACGCACUGCCCCCAAGCGAAUCCCAGACCGAGAGCCUAGAUGGGAGGGCUGCUGUGAUUGGUCCUGCCUCUCUCCUCAGCCGCCUGGGCCACAGCCCAUCCCGCAAGCGCAACCCCAAGGAGCAGAAGGAGAAGGAUGUGGUGGGGAAGAGGAGGAAGACCAGUCGGCCAUGUCUGGAGGAUGUGAGACAGGAUCUCAGAUUAGUGGACAGUUAUGAGGAAGAGGCUGCCUUGUGCUCUGUGGGUGGAGCAAGCCAGAGCAGAGUGCGCUCGAUGGCCAAUCAGCUGCUGGCCAAGUUUGAGGAGAAUGCCACUUGCCCCUCCUCCACGCCAGCUGCAGCUCUCCGCAGACAGGGGGACUCCAUGCCCAUGCUUCCACCUCCUCCAGCAUCCCCUGACCCCCAGGAACCAGCCUUUGUGGCCUCCGCUGCCACCUGGAAACAGGUAAAAAUAAAAUACGUUCAGAUGUACACCGGGGGAGUAAGCUCAUUGGCUGAACAGAUAUCCUGUCAGCUUCAAAGUCAGGAGUCACCGUCACCCCAGCACACUCCUGAUAGGAAGGAAUCGGCUGGCGUUCACUCUGUGUCGGCGGGGCCAGGGCCAGGAGGGGCCAGUGACGUGUGUUUCUUCUGCAGUAGGCGUGUGUACGUGAUGGAGAGACUCAGUGCUGAGGGACUGUUCUUCCACCGGAGCUGCUUCCAGUGUGACCACUGCAGCUCCACCCUUCGCCUGGCCUCUUACGCCUACGACCGGCCUAACGGGAAGUUCUACUGUAAGCCACACUAUGACCUCCGUCUGGUUGGGCCGGUCCAGAGGAAGAGACCAGCUCCUCCUACCUCCGACCAGCAUCCAACCCCCUACGAACGGACCCCCUCUCAGCAGACCCUCCUGGAGUCCCCAGCUGCUCUGUCCACUAACCCUCGCUCCUCAGUAACUGUGGUGACAGCAGAUCGCAGGUCCUCAGUGGCAUCUCUGAUUGAGAGGGAGUGUGGCUUGGCUAAGCGCGUGCGCGGCACGCCAGAACGUAUAGAGCUGGAGAACUACCGUGGGAGCCUGGGGAGCCUGGAGACUGAGCAGCUAACAGAUGAGCCGGAGGAGGUGCCAGAGGAGACACUGGCCAAUUACAACCUCAGUCUGCUGGUGACAGAGGUGAAGAAGGCCAAUCACAAGCGCAUCUCGUUGCGGGACAACGAGGGCUCCAGUUCAGAAUCAGAGACGGAGGAGGAGGGGGAGAGGCAGCGGGCUCUAACCAAUGACCUGGCUAGAGACUCCUGGAGGAAGGCCAUGGAACUACACGCACGCCUCCGUGGAGAGAGAGGAGAUGACGAAGAAGAGACGGAAGAAGGAGAGGAGGAAGGAGAGGUUGAUGAAGAUGAGGAUGAUGAUGAUGAGGAGUUAUCUAGUGAUGGGGAAGGAGCAUCUCCACUCACCGCUGAGGAGGUCGCCUCGUUGGACGAGUGGCAGCAGAGCACACACUCUCCAGACACACACACACCUGACACACACACGCCUGACACGCACUCUCCAGACACACACACGCCUGACAUACAACUGCCUGACUCGACAACACCCGACACACACGGUCCACACAGCCCCACCAGUGUACCCAAUAUCACCUUCUCCACUCCGGCCACUGCCUCAACACCCUUCACACCCACACCUUUAACAUCGCAUGCACCCACACCCACGUCCUCAGUGUCAAUUCCAGACUCCUCUGUCUUUACCUACUCCUCCCCCAACUCCUCCACCACCUCUGGUUGCUCCCCGGGUCCAGACGAGGGAGAGGAGGAUGGGGAGAAGAAAGAGAUGAAGGAGAGAAAAGAACGAGAGGACAGGGAGAGAGGGGGGAAGGAGAGGGAGAGGGUGCGUGACUCCAGCAGUAGUUCGGGGAUCGGUGUGGGUGGGAGCUCCACCACCUCUACCUCGGACCCUCUCACCCCUCCCGGCAUCCCUCCCCCCGCCCAGCUCAUGGCAUGCUGGGAUAGCCUGCCCCACCCUUCUGUGGAGGCGGAGUCACUACAAAGCCCCGCCUCUCGCCCUGCCCCUCGAUUUGCCCCUGCACCUAUCAUGGCGUCGGCUGUUGUGCGAGGGGUCGGGGGCAAGAAGCUGAAACCGUGGGACGUGGAUGGGGGAAGGGGAUUUGUUGCGGGGGGGUCUGUUGGGGCAGGGUCUCUUGGGGAGAAGCUGUGUAAGGGUGUAGUAAUAGACCCCUUAGAGGACAUCAACCCCCCCUUGUCCCCCCUGAAGCCCCUUAAGGCAGUGCCCAGAGAUGAGAGAGAGAUCGGGAGGAAGAGGGAGAUGGAGAGGAGGAGGGAGAUAGAGAGAGCAGCCAUGGGAGUGGGCUGGGAGGACACGAAAAUCCCCCUAGGAAGGGAGCCUCUCCCAAGGAAGAGCAGAGGUGGUCUAGACCCCCGCAGACUCACAGAGAGCUUGCCCCCCCUCCUCCUCACACAACUCCAGGGGGGCUCCCUCUUCCCUUCACGUAAGUGCUGCAGGGACAACCAGCCCCCCAGCCAGAGUGUGUCUGAAGCGGGCAUAGGAGAGGGUGGACCCCUGGGCCUGUGGAGAGCUGUCAUCUCUGGCUAUAAGAGGGACAGGAAGAAGAAGGGCAGGACUUCCCUUUCCAAAAUGGCAACAGCCCCAGCCCCCAAAGAGCAGGGCAGGAGGAAAACUUCUGCGGAGAGAAGAGGUGUGAAGUUCAGGGAGCGCCAGAGCUGGUCGGAGCCGGAGGAGUCAGACAUCACCUGCUCUGUUGUGAUGGAGAGGUGCUCCAUGAACCCCAAGGCCAACCUUCGUCUGGAGCUGUUUGACCUAGCGUCAGACCUUCAGAAGGACACCAUUGAGGAGGAGGAGGAAGAGGAGAAUGAGGAAGGGGAGUCUGCAUAUGUGCCUCAUGCCCUGGCCUUUAAGAGGGCGUAUGCCAUUAAGAGGCACGUGGGGAAGGAGAGGGAGCGGGACAGCUCCCCCCGUAUGGAUACACAGCGGAAGUCAUCGUGCCCUACGGAAGUUGUCGGGGUACUGGUGCACAUGAUGGACCUGAAGGACCCGUCCAGCCUGGAUGUGUCAGAGGCCAUGUUCCACAGAGACCGGGACCCAGAGGAGGAGCAGCUAGAUGCCAGAUUAACACGCAGAGUACAGAGGGCGGCGCGCAAACAGGCCAAACAAGAGCAACUCAAGAGACUGCACAGGGCCCAGAUGAUCCAAAGGCAGUUGGAGCAGGUGGAGGAGAAGCAGAGGCAGCUGGAGGAGAGGGGUGUGGCUGUGGAGAAGGCCUUGAGAGGGGAAGCAGACUACUGGGGAGAGUCGAAUGACAGUGAAGAGCUGGACUUACACCUGGGAGUCAUGGGCAGGCAGGAUGACCCAGCUCUGAUGCAGCAGUGGUUCAAGCUGGUCCAGCAGAAGAACUGUCUGAUGCGCUAUGAGUCAGAACUCAUGAUAUUUGCUCGGGAGCUGGAGUUGGAGGACAGACAGAGCCGUCUUCAACAAGAGCUCAGAGAGCGGAUGGCCGUGGAUGACCACCUGAAGGGUGAGGCAGAGCUGGCUGAGGAGAAGCUAAUCCUGGGGGAGAUGUUGGAGGUGGUGGAGCAGAGAGAUGCUCUGGUGUCUCUGCUGGAGGAGCAGCGACUGCAGGAGAGCCAGGAGGACAGAGACCUGGAGGCCAUCAUGCUGUCCCGGGGACUGGGCCUGCACAACUGGGCCUGAGCUCUAUUCUGGGGACUGGGCCUGCACAACUGGGCCUGAGCUCUCUUCCGGGGACUGGGCCUGCACAACUGGGCCUGAGCUCUCUUCCGGGGACUGGGCCUGCACAACUGGGCCUGAGCUCUAUUCCUGGGACUGGGCCUGCACAACUGGGCCUGAACUCUAUUCAGGGGACUGGGCCUGCACAACUGGGCCUGAGCUCUAUUCCAGGGCCUGGGCCUGCACAACCGGGCCUGAGCUCUAUUCCUGGGACUGGGCCUGCACAACGGGGCCUAAGCAAAAGACACUCGCGUCACUUUUCCUCUAAAUCUGUGAUCAGGGUCAUGGUUGUGAGGUCACUUCGCCUCUGAUACAACGUUAUGACCAGGAUCAAGGCGGGACUGUCUGGAUGAUCCAUUUUUAGGAUUGGAUAUGUUUCCCCAUCCUGCUGCUACACCUAUCCUGUUGCUACACCCAUCCUGCUACACCCCUGACUCACUGACUGAUGGGCCUUUGAGAUGGCUCGAUAUUCUAUGCUCACUAUACUCACCCAGUCUGUUGUUUAAUGCAAUAUAUGGCAUGUUUGAAUUAUUUGUAUUGUUAUUCAUUAACAAUUUAGAGAAAUGUAUAUUAUGUAAAAAGAAACAUUACUCUUUUUUUUUUAAACUCUUUUUUUUUAUUCUACUAAUUAUGUUUUACUUCAUACAUUGGAUAAUAAAGACAUUCUGACAUCA